AUGGGGGUUGGGAGCCAGGUGAAACAGAUGGGGAAACUGAACAAGGUUAUCAAGGAACAGAGGGCCAAGCUCUACAUCAUCCGCCGCUGCGUCGUCAUGCUUCUCUGCCGGAGUGAUUGA